CUCUCUCUGCCUCAAACGGGACAGAGGAAGGAGUCGUGGGAUCUCGAUGGAACUGGAAUUAAAGACCAAUGCUUACUGGGAGUUUUGUUGAUUUUUCUUUAAGGAUGAUUUAAAGCUAACAGCGAAACAUCCGGUUGGAUAAACUUGCAAAUAAAGCGAGAAGAAGCAGCAGAAACUUUUUUUUUUAUUUUUUUGGAGGGGGCCCGAAGCAAAACCCCGAAGAAGAAGAGAAAGAAAAAGAAGGGGGAUGGAUAGUUUUUGCGCAAUGACGCGCUGAUGGGAGAAAGCUAAAACCUCUUGGAAAACCUCUGGGAAAGUUUUUUAAAUUGGUAUUACUUUUUUGUUUUUGUGGCGCCCUUUAAGGAGUCGCAAGAGAUUGAGAUCGGAUCUCUGGGUCCUGAUCCGGAGGACGAUGGGGGCCGCGCCGGGCUCGGGCUGGGAGGAGGGCGAGUUCGAGUUCAAGCUGGUGUUUGAGGAGGACCCGCCUCAGCGGCAGAUCCAGGGGCCGUCCCCGGCGCGCACAGCCGAGCCGGAGAGCUCCGUCGGCGGGGAAGAGGAAGGUGAUGGCGCCCUGUUGCGGCUGGACUCCAGCAACCUCGGUACGGACAACCACUUAGCCAUCGCUCAUGCAGGACACUCAAUCAACAUCCCCAGCCCGCCGCCCUCGUCCAAUCAGAGGGCAGGGAUGCAUUCGCCACCUCCCCGACGGGCCACCGUCAGAGAGUUCAGCGGCACCUAUGAGAGCCUGCCGGCCCGCUCCGUUCAGGUGUCGGAGUCCUGUGUGGUUGAGUGCCCCAGCAUUCAGAUAACCACCAUUUCCCCGGAGGAUGAACCGGCGCCGCCCGUCCCCAGCUACUGGGAAAUGGGCAGCGGCGGCGGCUGGGACAGGGAGCGCCUCUACCUCCCCCUGCUGGACCCUUUCUCCUACCGCGACCGGUUCCCCGGCUCCCUCAGCCCCAGCCCCGCCUCCAGCCCGUCGUCCCGCGGCUGGCUCAGCCCGGCGUCCAGCUGCGACUCCCUGCUGGUGGAGGAAGAGGAGCUCAAUGAGGCCAAUGUCGGUUUCGGACUCUCCCCGUCCUCCAGGCCCACUUCCCCAGGAGGAAAGAAGCGCAGGAACUCUCCUCUGGCGUCUCCCUGCAUCUCGCGGAGGAGCAGCUACUCGGAGGACCUGCAGGGAUGCAACCUGGAGGGCGGAGAGUCCGCCUCGCAGUCGCAGGCGCUGCCCGGCAGCUGUGAGCUCAACAUCCCGCAGAAAACCAGGAAGACGUCCCUGGAGCAGUUGUCUCCCAGAGAAGUGGACCAGGAGCCGGGUCUGGGCCGAAGCUCCCCCUGUCCGCUGCCGGAGACCCAGCAGCCCAGGAGAGAGCCCCCGUCUCUGGGAAUGGACUACCUCCCUGUGCCCCCUGCCCUGGCCUGGGGCAGAACCAGAGCCAGCGCCCACAGUCCUCUCUUCAGGUCUAAUGCUUUGCCUCCACUUGACUGGCCGCUCCCGUCCCAGUUUGACCAGUAUGAGCUGCGCAUCGAGGUGCAACCCCGGCCGCACCAUCGAGCCCACUACGAGACGGAGGGCAGCAGAGGCGCCGUCAAAGCCGCUCCCACAGGACAUCCUGUUGUCAAGCUGUGCGGCUACGCAGAGAGGAAGCCGCUGUCGCUGCAGGUUUUUGUCGGAACGGCUGACGACCGUUCAAUCAGGCCUCAUCCUUUCUACCAGAUACACAGGGUGACCGGGAAGAUGGUCGGCACCGCCAGCCAUGAAAGCGUCCAGGCAGGGACCAAACUGUUGGACAUCCCCCUCAACCCCGAGAACAACAUGACCGCGCUCAUCGACUGCGCUGGGAUUCUGAAACUGAGAAACUCAGACAUCGAGCUGCGAAAAGGCGAAACGGACGUCGGGAGGAAAAACACUCGCGUGCGUCUGGUGUUUCGUACUCACCUCCCUGUAGCGCCCCCUGUGGGCCCUCCUGGGCGCGUCCUGGCUCUGCAGGUCGCCUCUUUGCCCAUUGAAUGCUCUCAGCGGUCGGCCCAGGAGCUUCCUGUCAUCGAGUCAGUCAGCGUCACGUCCUGCUCUGUGGAGGGAGGCGAGGAGCUGCUGCUGAGCGGUACCAACUUCCUGCCGAUCUCCAGAGUCCUCUUCAUGGAGAGAGGCACCGAUGGGAAACUACAGUGGGAGGAGGAGGCGCAUGUGGACCGGGACAACAGCAACGAGUGUUUGCUGUGUGUGAGGGUUCCUGCCUACAGUGACCUCUCUGUCAGUCGGCCUGUGUCCGUCAGUCUGUACGUCUCCAACGGGAAGAGGAAGCGGAGCAGCACGCACUGCUUCAAGUACCUUCCUGUUAUGUUUAAAGAAGAGGAUCCUUUGCUGUCCCGUCCCUCUGCUCCCCCUCUGGACGGGGGAACUGUGGGUCCGCCCAGAAUGGACAGAGGCUUCCACGUGUCCGACGACCGCGGCCUCGGCUUCCACCUUCCCCCCUACUCCUCCACCUACUCCCCUUCCUGCCUGCCCAUGACCUACCAAGAGGAGUACUGCCCCAAACCCGACAGCGCCGUGGAGGAGCCAGGCGGGUCCAGGGCGCCACUGUCCGAGCGUAAUCCCAGCUUUGAGAACCUGGAGCUGGGCUUCACUGAACUGCUCCCCCCUCUGUAUCCCCGCGGCCCUCAGCCUCCGUCCCCGUCUCCUUCCCCAUGGCUGGACUCCCCCUACCUGUCCUCUUCACCUUCUCCGUCCCACUCUUCCUCUCUCAGCCCGUUCCCCACUGAAAGCCCCCUAGCCAACUCCCCGCUGCCCCCAAUUCCCACCUCGCCUUUCCCGCAGUACUCCACCUAUCCUCAGGAGCUGUGUCCCUCGCCUCCGUCCAACCCUUACCAGGACGCCUGUCCGGCGCCGUACUCCCACUACGAGGGCUGGGAACCUCAGGGAAGGAUGCUGGGUACGAGUCACGGGGGAGAGGAAGACGCCAAGAACCAGGAGUGUCCACUGGAGUUUAACAGCUCGGCCUCUAUGCACCACAUUACCUUCGAAGAAGUGUCAGAGUUCAUCGGGGAGGACAUCCAGGCCUACCAGUCAGGCUCGCACAUGAACAACUAGUCCAGCUUGUGAUGAACCCGAUUGGACGUUCAGCAUCUUUUUAAAUUCCCUUUGCACUUGGUAUUAAGUUGGGAUAACUGCAGUAGCACAUAACUGACAGGGGAAUCUGGUGGGAAAUGUAUGCAAUUUUAUUCCAAACACUGUUUUAUAAAAGGGAAACUGAUGUUUUAAAAUAUCUGCCAAAAUAAAUUAUGUAAGAAACUA